AAACAUAAACCAAAAUGUCAAUGACUUCACUUCUUUAUUAUUCUACUAUCCCUUUUCUCCUCUUUCUGUUCUACCCUUUCUUGAUUUUUUUUAAUUUUUCAACAAGAAUCUUGAUUUUUCUUUGUUUAAUAUGGGGAUUUGCUUUGGUAAACCUGUUAAGCUUGCUCAUGCCUCUUCUAGUUUGAUGUCUGAUUCUAGAACAGGCCCUGGCAGUGAGAGAAAGGAGUCAAGUCAUUCUUGUAGCCAGACACUUCAGGGAAGUUCAGGAAAUGCUCUCAAGUCUUGUAAAGGUGAUCUAUCAGCCACUUGCAAUCUCAAGUCCUUUACCUUCAAUGACCUCAAAAAUGCGACUAGGAAUUUUCGAGCUGAUAGUCUUCUCGGUGAGGGAGGAUUUGGAUAUGUCUUCAAAGGAUGGCUAGAUGAAAAUACACUUGCUCCCUGCAAAUCAGGAACUGGGAUGGUAGUGGCUGUCAAGAAACUUAAGUCAGAAAGCUGCCAGGGCCACAGAGAAUGGCUUGCAGAGGUUAACUACUUAGGGCAGCUUCACCACAAAAAUCUUGUGACGUUGAUUGGAUAUUGCGUAGAAUCUGAUAACCGGCUUCUAGUAUACGAGUUUAUGACCAAAGGAAGCUUGGAAAAUCAUCUAUUCAGAAAAGGAGUUCAGCUUAUGACUUGGGGUAAACGGAUGCGUAUUGCAGUUGAUGUUGCACGAGGGUUAUCCUUUUUACAUAGUCUGGAUGCUAAUGUGAUCUACCGGGACCUCAAAGCUUCCAACAUUCUACUUGAUUCGGAGUUUAAUGCAAAACUAUCAGACUUUGGCCUCGCACGAGAUGGUCCUGAUGGAGAUAGAACUCAUGUUUCAACCAGGGUAAUAGGAACUCGGGGUUAUGCUGCACCAGAAUAUGUCGCAACAGGUCAUUUGACUCCAAAGAACGAUGUUUAUAGUUUCGGUGUUGUUCUAUUGGAGUUGCUAUCGGGAAAACGAGCUACAGGUGAGGAGAAUCCAGGGGGCGCGGAGGAAACGUUGGUAGAAUGGGCAAGACCUUUCCUAAGCGACAGCAGACGAGUACUGAGAAUCAUGGAUACAAGGUUGGGAGGGCAGUACUCCAAGAAAGGUGCACAAGCUGCAGCGGCCCUCGCCUUACGAUGCCUCCAUGUAGAUCCAAAACUUAGACCAACAAUGAAAGAGGUGUUAGCCACAUUAGAGCUUUUGCCAACACCAAAGGACAGUUCUAGAACUUCACCACCACAAGCAAAUUAUAAUGCACCAAAUGACAAGAUAUGUCAUCCUCAAAAGAGAUAUGUGACACAUUCAAGAUAAGAUGUAACAAACACAUUCUACCAUAUUAUUAGGAAGAUAUAUAUAUGUUGUCUCUUUCUUUUUUAUUUGUUUGUUGUUUCCUCCCUUCUUAUUUUAGUGGUGGGGAUAGAGAGGAGGAAGUACUAUAGUGCUUGAGUGUAAUAUAUUCAAUGUACAUAUGUUAAAUGUACAGCUAAAAAUUACUAGUA